GUUGGAGAGGGGUCGUGGUGGCUGCUUCUCCUCCUCGCAUAUGUCUCUAGUUUAACAUUGAGUGCCGUCUCUGUUAUAAAAUACUCUUUUACCAUUUCGAAAUAUUUGGGUUUUAUUGCUUGGCACAGAAGAGCCGUCUUAUGUGGUGCACUAUAUCAGGGCAUUUCCUUCAUAUGCCAAGAAAUAAAACCCCAAGUGUACGCGAUUUUUGCAACUCUGCCCCUGGCAGGUAUGAGCGGUUGACAGUUUCAUCCAAUCGACAGUUCCAACGCCAUUACAGGUUCGUCACUGCGGUGACAUUGGAGCUCUUGAUUGGACGAAACUGUCAACAGCUGAUAUCUACCAGGGGCAGAGAUGCAUAAAUCGCAGUAUAGUCUCAAGAAUUAAUAUGUUGUUGGCAUGUCCUGCUUUGUGCUGAAAUGUGUCUCCUUUAGCGUUAGUGGAUCUUAUUCUGUCAUUUUAUAAUAUUAUAAACUGUUAUUGGAAAUGUACGGAAAAGCUUAUCAAGCAGAAACUAUUCUUCGGAAGAAGAAAAGUAGACCUUUUGCCAAGGAAAUUAUUAAGGAAGUUAGUGAGGGAGAAGAUUUAUUCAAUGCAUUGUUUUCUCGAAACAUUAAGGAUGUGAAGCAAAAAGUGAAACAAGAUCAGACACGAAGUCGUAAAAAUAAGAUCAGCCAAAAACCUAUUUUUGCUGGUAUACCUGAGCAUCCUGUGUGUGAGAGUGUUGAUUCAAGUGAUUUUUUAGAUCCUUUUGAUGCACUUUUGAAGGAUACAAGAGGCCACAUCGAGAAGAAUAAAGUUAAUAUUUGCGAUUCACCAUCCAAAUCAGGAGUUAAAAUCCAUGAAAAUGAAAAAGAAAACUCUCCAGAAGGGGGAAAUUGUUUGGUUUUGGAUCAUAAAAAGAAAACGCCGGUUUUUGAAUCUGUUCUUCAAGGUGCAACAAAAAAAUUCUCUGAGAAACCUCAUUCAGCCACAUUAAAAAGGCGACAUUUAAAAUUAAAACGUGAGAGAAAAGGCAGCAAAAUUAAGGAAAAGACCAAUUCUUUCCUUAAUUUAAUCGACAGUUCCUGUGAUUUGGAUGCCCUUGAGGAUGAUUUGCAAAGUGGAAGUGGAACAACACAGAGCACAAGCUCACUGAAGAGUGCAUUAGAAGGUGAAAAUCUCUGUGAAGACAUCUGUUCAGGAAAUGAGUCGAAUGCAAUUUGCAGCCAUUCAUCAUCUCCAAAUCUGUGUUGUUACAGAGAGAGAAGUACUGUGAAUUUUAGGAGUAGCACUCCUGCGAAACAUGUCUCUCUGACAAAGCCAUCCACGAAGAUUCAAAACAAACACGAACAAAAAAGAGAAUCCAAUGGAAGCGAGUAUAGUGACCAGUUGUCUACACUACCCACACAAGAAGAGCUUCCUUGUUUGCUCUCUCCUAUCCUUUCUGUGACUGAGCAGAGGCAUAGUAAAACUAACCAUGUGCAAAAAAAUGCAAAUAUUUGUAGUUUUAUGCGUUUACGUCUCUCUUCGGAAGAAAAUGAAAAUAAAAUGGACAUGAAAUAUUGGAAGAAAAUGUACAGGAAACACAAUCCUGUUCCUAUUGCUGUAGAAAAGGUUACUGUUCAACCAUUUAUACAUGCAAAUUAUGAAGACUCUGGCACUGAAGAUAACUCUGACCCAGACAAAUCAGUGAAAAAUUUCUCAGACAAAAAGGAAAAUAUCUGCUCGUUGCCACAAAGUCCAGAUCCAUUUGCAGAUGAGGAUUUACAAGACCCUUUUCAAACAAGCACAGAGUGUGUGGUUAAAAGUGAAACUCGAUUGGAAGAAGUGCAUGAACAAUCUAGUAGUACUUGUGAACAAACAAGCAAAUAUUGUCAUUGUAUAGAGAAUAAAGUUAUUCAAGAACCAGUUAAAUGUGACAGAGAAAAAUCUCUAAGUGAUUCUAUAAAUAAAGAAACAAAUGUAUUCAAAAAUAGUGUGUCGAGUAUUGAAGAUAAUGUUAUUGGUCAUAUGGAUUCUCAAAUUUCAUUGAAAGAAAAUUGUGCAGACCUUCAGGACUUGACAUAUUCACCAUCAAUGAAAAAUGUGUGUUUUCGAAGAAGUUAUGCAUCAAAAAGUUCUAAACUUGAAGAAAAGAGAAACUCUUUCAGUGCUAUCGAUGAUUCCAAACAUUUAUUAAAUUCAGAAACAGCUGAUUCAGUGAUGACUUCAAACUGUUCUGCCAUCCUCACAAAAUUUGAUACAAGUGAAAGAAUUCCAGAUUUCAUUGAUACUUCUUCACAAGCAAAAAUUUCAUUGUCAGAGAGUAGAAGCAGCUACAAAGCAAUGAAGAAAAAGUCCUUUGCACAACGCAGAUCACAUCUGGUUGUUCCAUUGGCUCAGAAUGUGGGUCAAAUUUAUGAGAGAAUCUCAGGCUUCAGGGAAGUCUAUAUUAGUACACCUUUGCAAAGACGGCGCAUAGAUAAAAAUUUGUCACAUUGCCACCAAGUUGCAAGUCCAGACAAUGUUUUAAAAUAUGAUGAUGAUGAUGAUGCUGAUGAAGAUGAUGAUUUAGAUGAAGAGAAGAAAGAUGGAAUAACAUUUAAGGAUGUGGUAUUGGAACACUGUGGACAGUCUGAUGUGCUUGCUUUUGAUGAAGCAUUUCCUGAGAGUGAUCUUACAGAUUGCAUGAAAAUAGGUGAAGGUGUAUAUGGAGAAGUAUUUGCUCGACUUAAUUCUCACCAGCAACAAACAGUCAUGAAAAUAAUGCCUAUCGAAGGUGAUUGCCUGAUAAAUGGUGAAUCUCAAAAGUCAUUCGAGGAAAUCUUGCCUGAAAUAGUUGUAACUGUACAGCUGAGCAAACUUCGAGAGAACGAAGACUUCAGUACUCCCAAUUUUCCUGAGUUGAUAGAUUGUUGGUGUGUGCAAGGAAAGUAUCCUCCUAGGCUAUUGAAACUUUGGCAAGAGUAUGAUGAACAAAAAACUUCUGAGAAUGAUUCACCUGAAAUCCUUCCUGAUGAUCAAAUUUUUAUUAUUUUGGAACUAAGCAAUGUGGGGAGUGCUCUUGAGGGCUUUGUAUUCAAUUCUGCAGAACAAUCUUGGUCAGCAUUUAUGCAGGUUACUUACACUUUGGCAGUGGCAGAGGCAUCAUUGGAAUUUGAACAUCGUGAUCUUCAUUGGGGAAACAUCCUCAUAAAGCGUACAACAGAUAAAACUAUCAGAUGUAAAAUGUAUGGAGAGGAUCAUGUUGUGCCAGCACAAGGAAUUCAGGCUUCAGUGAUUGAUUUUACUCUUUCACGGAUAACAUAUGAUGGUUGUUGCAUAUACAAUAAUCUUGCUGAAGAUCCUACUCUUUUUGAAGGAGAAGGCGAUUAUCAGUUUGACAUUUAUCGCAUGAUGCGAGACAAAACUGAAAACAACUGGCAGGUGUUUCAGCCCUACAAUAAUGUCUUGUGGCUGAGUUAUGUUCUUGAAAAAUUAGUUACAGAAGUAUAUUAUCGUAAUGAGAAAACAAAAAUCCAUAAAAGAGGAAUUGGAAAAUUGAAAGAAAUGAGAAGUCGCAUAUUGGACUUUAAAAGGUUUUUUUUUAAUAUAGAAAAGACAAACUUGAGUUCAAAAUUAGUUACAAAAGGAAGCAAGAAAAAAAGUUUUGAAAGAGUUAUGAAAGUGAAGUUUUAG